AUGAUAGAAAAUGCCAUUAAAAGUGGCAAGCUUGAAGAGGGAGAGACUUAUAGUACAAAGAAAGGUGGGAUGUCCAAAAGAAAAGAAAAUGAAGUUCAAGCUGUGGUUUUGAAGGACAACAUUACUAUAUCCAUCUUUGCAGUCUGUAAUUAUGCAAAGGGUAGAUGGGUUGCUGACAGCAGGGUGCCUUUAUAUCCUGUUGGAUGCAAGUAUAUGCAAAGAAAUUGGGCAUGCAGACUCACCAAUCGAACAGAUUUCUCUUAUGAAGGUUAUCGAUGGCAAUCCAUAGAUUGUAAAAUGCCAGCGUUUGAGCCAUCCGAUUUCUUGAAAAGGAUGAAGGACAAAACAGUUGCCUUUGUAGGAGAUUCAUUAAGCAGGGAACAAUUUCAAUCCAUGAUGUGCAUGCUCACUGGGGGAAAAGAGAGCCCAGAUGUUGAAGAUGUUGCAGAUAAAUAUGGUUUCCUUCAAUUCUUACCUAAUGGAGCUAUUCAUCACCAUGGCUGGGCUUACCGCUUCCGAAGUACCAAUACCACCAUCCUGCAUUCUUGGUCAGCUAGGCUCUGUGACCGAGAGCCUAUUAACGCCACCUACCCUAGCUCCCUUUACGCCAUGCAUUUGGAUCGUCAGCCAGUUUUCAUUCGAAAAAACAUCGAUCAACUUAAUGUAUUAGUUAUUAACACAGGUCACCAUUGGAGCAAAAGGAUGGUUAAUUUGGACAAAGAGGUGAUGUACGUGAAUGGGGCGCCUGUCCAGGACAGAAAUCUUAACAAAAUUGAGAAUGCCAAGAUCUUUAAAGUGAACAAUAUAGUGAAAUGGCUUGAUUCUAAGCUGGCCACGCAUCCCAACUUACAAGUUUUCUUCAGAACCACAUCACCAAGACACUUUUUUAAAGGGGAGUGGAACACUGGGGGUAGCUGUGAUAACACCAUUCCAAUGACUAGAGGGAGUGAAGUCCUCAAAGAGGAAUCAAGUGAUAAGAUUGUUGCAGCUGCUGUUCAGGGAACAAGGGUAAAGAUUUUGGAUAUUACUGCUCUGUCUGAUCUGAGAGAUGAGGCUCACAUAUCACAUUAUGGUAAAAAAGCCAAUGACUGCUUGCAUUGGUGCUUGCCCGGAGUUCCUGAUACCUGGAAUGAACUGCUUAUUGCUCAGGUCUAGAGUGUUUCUUUUUCUUUUUUGAAAGAAUAAUAUUUUUUCUUUUUAUUUGUUGGGGAUAAACUCUUUGAGUAAGUAAAUAUA